AUGGGAUUCACGUGGACGGUUGCUCUGGAGGACUAUGCAGAUCCAUUUGAUACCAAAGAAGAAGCGGCCGGGGAGCCGGAAAGGGUGAAGAAUGAAGGCUACAUGGAACCGUACGAAGCUCAGAAGUUGCUGGCUGAAGUUCAGAAGAGCGAUUCCGAGGACGGCUCCGCUGUUGCCAAGCCCUUGCACUUGUACGACACUCCGUACGAAGCACACGAGGGUGACACGGAAGCCGAGAGCGAGCACCUGCCGGAUAUCCCGUUUCGCUACUCUUGGCUGCCCGAGGAUGAUGAACGGCCGCCUGAGGAAUACGACCAGCCCUGGGAGUGGAAAAAGGACCGGAUCUCCAGAGUAUUUGCGGUCGAGAUCGAAGGGAUCAAGGAGCUCCCGUGGCCGCCCCCUGUUGGACAGCUUGAUAGCAUGGCGAAUCACCUGGAUGCCGAGGGACCCCCGACCUUUCAGAGCGUCGGGACCAGAUGCCCGCCUGCAGAGAGCCCACCAAGCCUCCAGGACACUGGCACCAGCUUCCCGGACUCCGUGGCACAGUCCACUCCCUCGGAUGUCAGCGGCAAGGGGGUGGUGGAAAGCCAGUCACCGUCCGGCACGGAGAAGAGGAACAGCUUGUGCUGGCUGAGCGUGGAACCUGGAUUGACUUUCGGCGAACGGGUCAACCCCACUUUGCCUCUGGAGAGCCAGGCGUGGUACCACGGGACCCUGAGCCGGGUGGAUGCGGAGGGACUGCUGCGGCUGUGCCGGGAAGCCAGUUACCUGGUGCGGAACAGCGAGAGCAUCCACGAUGCCUUCUCCCUCUCCCUCAAGAGCAGCCAGGGCUUCCUGCACAUGAAACUCUUGCCGACAGAAGAUAACAAGUUCAUCCUGGGCCAGCACAGCCCCCCCUUUGACAACGUCCCUGAGAUCAUCCACCACUACGCCAGCCACAAGCUGCCCAUCCAGGGGGCAGAGCACAUGACCUUGCUCUACCCAGUCAUCACAAGAUCUUCCAGUUGUCUUGCAGCAGAGCAGUGACUUCCAGAGACAGACACAUCUGGGCUAUCGGGUGGCGUUUGAGCACCUGGCAAGGACGGAACAUUCGGGGGCUCCCUGGACUGCCUUUGGGUGCGCGAACUUGAAGUGGUCAGCAGCCAAAACAGCUGGACCAAAAAUGUCGGGCCCUUCUAUCCUUUGCUAUGGGUUUCCGGGAGGAGCUGUACUUUGCAUGUUGUACCCAGUAUGGGGGGUCAGUUAAAGCUGUGGCGUGUUGCGGGCAAAGGUCUCCGUGAGGUCGGAGGGGAUCAGUUCUCAGACUGGAGGGGUUGGAAUUCCAGAUGGCAUCUCAAAGGGUCACGGAAGGCAACCGUUUACCUUUUCCCGAAGUCUCAAAUCGUAUAAGGUAUUCAUUCCGGGCUGGUUCACACAGGCAUGUCAGGUGUUGACUGUAGCACUUGCAGGUAUGUAUGAGGCCUCGCAGGUUGACCUUGGUGAUCAUCUCAAGUCAGGUUCAACCCAAGGCUUCCCAGUGGAGACGGCUUACAUGAAUGGCUGGAAGGCAUCCGUCUGCGAGAGGCUCACACAACAGACACCGUGCGAGCAAACCAGCUCUUGAUCUUCGUUUGGUUGCGCCACUUGCCCUGGAAAUCCUCCAGUUAUGUCUCACAGUUUCCUCCUUGCUCUUGGUCUUGGUUUCUCAUUCUCUGCCGCUCCAGACCUGGCUGGAAGUCUCCUGUAAGCGUCCUCAACUAUCCUCAGAAUUCCCAUCUAGGAUGAAGUCCGGCAGGGGCAGGAUUGCCUUCGCUGCUUCACAACAGCCCUUGGCCGAGGGAAUGAAAUGAGCUGGGAUGUGUCUCAUGACUUCAUUGGCACGUGGUGAUUCCAGGCAGGUUUUCCCCGGGAGUGUGAACAACCCGCGUCGAGCCGUGCGUUCCUGACUCAUCCACCUGCUGAUGCCUGGGGAACUUCAGAGAGGGACCCACACGGAGGAUCCCGCCAGCUCACCCUGCCAGCAGUGAUUCAGUGGAGACGUUAAAAGAUUAAGAUUUAGGGAGCAACAGAAUUACGAUCAAAAAGGAGUGGUUUUGCAUGUACCCGUAUCCCCCUUAUUAUGAGUUUACC